AUGCCUACUCGCCGUCGUCCCUCCAAGGCCGGACCAGAGUUGACGAGCAGGCAAGAAAGCAACACAGCGUCAGUGACUCAGCAUCGAACAGCCGCCCACCAUACCGCCUCUGCUGCUGUAGCUGCUCCUCCUUCCCAUCCUCCCCCUCCUCGUUCUCGUCAAUCUUCUCCGCUUGCAACCACUGCAGCCGGCCGUCUACAUCCCAGUGACGAAGUUCCUAGCCAGAGAAACGCUGCUGACUCGUCAAAAUCGUCACGGGCGAAGAGGAGGAGGAAGGUGAUCGGAGCUUCGGCACAAGAGACGCCGCCCUUUGCAGACGAGAAGCAGCACGACGCGGGCAGCGGCAGCCACGCGGCACCUAGCAGACCACCAGCUACGCUGGUCAAGAACGAUCCCAUCACAUUUGCCACUGGCAAGACACGGUCUGCUUCGCUGCACGGGAAAUCCAACAACAGCACCAACACCACAACCACCAUGACCCAUCUCGACUUCAACACCGACGAUCCCCGCGACGCGGAGGGCAGCGACACGUCUUUGACCGCCACAACGCCCACCAGUACCAGCACCUCAGCUCCCGAAGUUCGUCCAAGCGGCACUGUAGCAGCAGCAGCAGCUUCCACAGCAGCAGCAGCAGCAGCAGCAGGGACAGUGGCAACAGCGGCAGCAGACAGCGUCGAAAUUCCUCGAGCACCCGCCGCGAUGCGCAGAAGCAAGAGCACCAUCAUCAGCUCCUCGAGGCCAGUUAAGAAAGCUACAGGGACCUUUAAUACGGCUGCCAGCACUAUAGCGACGAACACAAAGGCUGCUGCUGUCCAGACCGCUCCUCCUGCGGGGCCCAAGAGGAGAGAAGCUGCCCAACGACAGCGCUCGCCAUCGAUCCAGCGUAGCAAGACGACGUCUACCUCUGCCUCAUCUGUCUACAGCGACGGCACCCGCCUCUCUCGGUCAGUCAGCUUCGAAGAGGCAAAGACGAGGACAGGAAAGACGACGACAACGACCGAGCAAAAGUCGGCCGAACAAGAAAAAGAAGGAGAGCUAAGAGCAUCGCCAUCAGCGACGACGUUCACCAACAACCAUGAUGGCAGGACGGGAGCCGUGGAUUCCUUAGUCCACACUGAAGAUGACACCGCCAGUGCCCUGGGUGCGAAAGGUCUCUUGCCCAUCCUCGCCCAGCAGCAUCUCGCCAGCGCGAACAUCAUUGCCCAGCUUCGCGCCCUUGGCUCUGCUUACCCGCCAGCACCCCUAGGCUUCAGCUACAAUCCUUAUGAUCAUGUCGCCCCUUAUAUGCACGAUCCCAGCAGCAAUUUGGCGACAAACAUCUACGUCAACGGCCUUCCCUCGCACACCAGCGACGAUGACCUGCUGCGUUUGGGCUCUUGUUUCGGCCCAGUCAAAAGCCACAAGGCAAUCAUCAACAUGGACACGGGCUUGUGCAAAGGAUAUGGCUUCAUCAUGUACGACCGACCCGAGGAUGCCGAGCUGGCCCUGACACAGCUGCCCCAGCACGGACUCACGACUUCUUGGGCCAAGGAGUCGUUCAGCACAAAGCUCCGUCGCAUGGCAGACAACAGCUCCACCAACGUUUACCUGAGCAAUCUUCCGCUAGAUUUCAAUGCCACGCAACUCGAACAGCUCUUUGCACCUCACCAUGUUGUGUCGCUACGCAUCCUGCUCGACAAUGAGGGCAAGUCUCGUGGCGUCGGUUUUGUCCGUCUCCGCGACCGCGACACCGCCCAGGAAUGCAUCGAUCGUCUCCACGGAAAGAUUCUCCCUGGCCGCAGUUCCUCGAUCCAGGUGCGAUUUGCGGACAGUGAAGGCCAAAAGCGGCUCAAGCAGACGGCAAAGAAUGCUGGGCCAGACGUUGGCUACGGCACAACGAUCGACUCCAUUUUUGGUGCAAGCAGCCUUCAGCAACAGCAGCAGCAGCAGCAGCAACAGCAGGCUUCUUCUUCGCAACAGCAGCAACAACAACAGCUUCUCAUCCAGCUUCAGUCUGCUGGCUACUCUCCUAGCGCAUGGACCGGCUUUGCAACGCCACAGUCGACUUUUUACAGUCCACAAUUUGGCACGCCUGCUCUGGCGGGUUCUGCACAAGGUCUGCCCUCACUUGCGUCACCGUCUCUUCGGUCGUUCAGUGGCUCUCCUCACUUUCAGACUUUCUAUGAUCCUCUCAACCCCCCCGUUUCGAAUCAACUCAAUUAUCAGGGGACACCCCAGCUCUACUACAAUUCACCUCUUUCGUCCCUGGCCAGCUCGCCUCUCUCCUCGUUCGUGCCCGCGGGCCUUUCCCCCGAGGUGCCUCGUUUCUCGGAUCGUCGCGGCUCGACGGGACCAGGAAGCGCUGCGUCUCGAUCGCCUGCUGCCGGUCCUGCUGCUGUUCUCCAGGCGACGUCCACUAGUAACAAGCGAAACUCGACGACACCCACAUUCUUGCCACCGGAGUUGCAGCAGCAACACGCUAAGCAGCUCCUCGAGCAACAGCUCCUCCAUGGCCAGCCCAUCGACCAGGGCCAGUUCGAAGCUUUUAUGCGCGCGACACCUUUCGAGUCAGGAUACGUGAUGGGUAACAACAACAGCAUCGCAGGGAAUGGAGGAGGUGGAGGUGGUAGAGGAGGUGGUUGCGCUGAAGCUGGUGCUGGCGGUAGCGGUGCAGCCAGUGGCAGCAGUGCCGCAAUGGACUAUGUGCAGCAAAUGAGCAUGGUCAUGGCUGGGCUCGACGCCAAUUCCGCUGCCGACUGGCAGGCCUCGACGGCUCAGCAAUUGCAACAGCUCGAACUUAUUCGACAGCUGUAUGGAAAUGGUGGAAUUGGACAAGACGGAUCGGCAGUGGGACUAGCGACGGAACAGGCUCGUCAGCCGCAGCCUCGCUCUGGUCAAGCAGGCCCAGCUCUGGGGCUGCAGGUCGACGCAUCCAUACAAGCCACGUCUUCACUUGCGGUUCAGCCAAACCAGCCUUCGCUGUUGCGCUUUCGAGUCGGCCAGUCUUCCAUUGAUGACAAUCUCCGGACUCGGUCUCCCGUUCCAAAGACCAAUAGCUCAACACCAGGAGCUGGAGGAUCACAGAUGCAGGGUUCACCACGCGCGUCCCCGAAUUGUGUCACGGGAGAGUCGCCCGAUAAGUCGGCCGAGCAGUACGUCAACGGAGAUCAAGAUGACGACCAGCAGCAGCAAGACAAUAGCCAGAGCCAAGCGGGCGACUCGAGCUUCGUGUCGGCUACUGCCACGGUCACGACAGAUGGUGGAGGGGAGGACGAUUCGAGGGAGAUGACGACGGCCACGACGUCAUCGGGCGAAGCUUCCGUUUCGUUUGCUCUCUCGCCAUCGACUUCGUUGAAGGCAAUUCCGUUGCCCCUGAAGCAGGGUGCUAACUUGAUCGGGCAGCAUGGGGAGCACGCCAACAUCAAGCAAGUGAACAGCAUCCCUGCCUCGAUUGAAGACGUUUAG